UUUUCUGGCAUCACUGGUGCGAGCCAGAGCGAGCCGCCAUGUCUAAAGUUUACUCGAGAUUUAAUUCCUGAUGCAUUUGCGAAUGUCAUAACCAGAACAUACUGUGCAAUGUAUGGAAUUCUUGUAUCCUUUAAAAGUGAUAAAUAUUUUUAUUUAAGAACGAUGAUUAUGAUAGACAUAUCAUAAAGAUAUAUUUCCUUUUCCCAGGACAUUACUUUUUGUGCAACCGAAUCCGAGUAUUUCGAGCAAUCGAUAUCUGUAUCGAUAGUAGGUAAUUUAAAAUGUAGCGUACACGUGUGGUGUUUGUGGCUUGCAAUUUAUAUAAAAUACAUAAAGCUAACUAAUAACAGAAGAUCUACGAUGGCUGAUAUCAGUGUAAACGAAGAUGCUCGACAAGUGCAAAUAAGAUUUCUUACUAAGCAAGAACAAUAUGCAGUCGCAGAUUUUCCAUUAUCUGUACAUACGAGUAUUGUACCAAACGAAUUAAAUACGCUUGUAAAUGAACUUUUAAAAGAGUCUAGCAGUAUAACAAAUAGAAUAGAAUUUGAUUUUUUGGUAUUUUCCCAAUUUCUACGUACCUCGUUAUCUGAGCACAUAGCUGAGAGGAAUGCUUCGACGGAGGAAGUAAUAAAUGUUGAAUAUGUCGAGAAAUAUCCACCGCCAGAACCUCAGGAUUGUCUCAUACACGACGAUUGGGUAUCCGCUGUUGCUGUUUGCGAGAAAUGGAUACUAACUGGUUGCUAUGACAAUACUCUACAUAUCUGGACAACAAGAGGGAAACAUCAUCUUGUAAUUCCUGGUCAUACGUCACCCGUUAAAGCAGUAGCAUGGAUAUCUAUGAACGGUGAUACUGCCAGUUUUGUUAGUGCAUCUCAAGAUCAAACGGCUAUAAUAUGGGACUGGAAUAUCGCAGAAAAUUCUGUAGACUGCAUACAUGUAUGCAGAGGACACGAACGCGGGCUCGAAGCUGUUAGCGUUAAUUAUGAUAAAUCGUUGAUUGCGACCGGAGCUUGGGAUACAAUGCUCAAAAUUUGGUCUACUUCUGCCGAAGAUGAGAACGAGGACGGUGAAUCCACCUCGAAGAGAUUGAAGUCUGAACAUGGUAGAACAAGAGUACCCAGAAGAACAAUGAAAGGUCACAAAGAAGCUAUUAGCGGUAUAGUAUGGUCGGAUAGAACAGAAAUUAUAACAUCCUCGUGGGACCAUACGAUGAAAGUAUGGGAUUCGGAGUUAGGAGGAAUCAAACAUGAACUCGCUGGUAAUAAAAGUUUCUUCGACAUCGAUUAUUCUCCGUUGUGCCGCGCCAUUGUAGCAGCGUCCGCUGAUAGGCACAUCCGACUAUACGAUCCAAGAUCUACAGAGGGGUCCCUUGUAAAAACACUGUUCACUUCUCAUACGCAAUGGGUACAGUCUGUAAGAUGGUCAGUUGUGGACGAAAAUCUUUUUAUUUCAGGAGCGUAUGAUAAUGAUAUGAAACUGUGGGAUACCAGAAGCCCAAAAGCACCAUUGUUCGACCUUUCCGGGCACGAGGACAAAGUAUUAUGUUGCAACUGGUCCAAUCCCAAAUUCAUGGUGUCCGGGGGCGCCGAUAACACUGUAAGAAUAUUUAAGUCAAAACAUGUUAGCGACAAAUGAACGGCUUGUAAUUCUAAAAUACAACAGAGAAAGAAAGUCCUCGCCAGACAGUGAAAAUUACUAAGAAUAAGAUUUUCUUUUAUUAUUUUAAUAUUUAUUAUAUUCUAAAUCAAACAAAUGUAACCCGUCUAAAUGAAAUAGAGUUCCGUGUGUCGCUGUCGUGAAACGUAUCGACCAUGAAACAAUAUGUAUUUCACAGUGAAACAAUAGAAAACGUACGGUCCCGUUCUCUCGUUUGCAACAUAUUCGAAAUAAACGUGAAUGGAAAUCAAAAUUAUGUAUACAAGUAAUUACAACUAUUUUUCGUACAAAUAAACGGAUUCAGAAAGAUCAAAAACUAAACGUGUCACCGAGCAAAGAGUCUCUCGUGGCUCAAGAAAAAGCUCAUCGGCGUAAAAUCAAAAAUUCGCACUUUUAUUUCAAUGAAAUCUUUUUUUUUUUCUUUUUGCAAUGUGUCAGCUUUUAAUUUACCCUCGUAUUUUACAUCAUUAUAAAAUCACCACUUAAUUGACAAAACAGGAGAUCUAGUAAUCGUUCGUACAUUGCCAGCACCUCGUUGUUGCAUCCAAAUGAAUUUCGAAUUGUUUUUUAUUGCGCAGAAAUCAAAGUCGGGCGUUUACCCAAAAUAGUACAAAUCGCAUCAGCGUAAGACGUUAAGAGUUACCGAGAAAGAAUUCAUUAGGUUCUAACGUAGUGCCAGAAUCGAGCAUGGCAUGUUAAUUCUCCAUGGUCAAUGUGUAUCGCAAAAACAAUUCUAUCGUCGGUUAUAAUAGAGGCGAACGCUGGAUGUAUUACACAAUACGUUAGGAUAAUGUGGGGGGCUUAUGAUUUUAACAUUACUUACAAAGGACAAUAUCGUUCAGUCUAUUGCAGAUGCCGUACUGCUACACAGUAGUAUACACAAUAGUAUAAUUUCGUUCAACCGAUGCCUAUUGGAGAAGAACGUGUAUUUAAGAAAAAAAAAAGAAUUCUUUUCUCUCAUUUAACUGGUUAAGCUCUCUUUCAGUUCUAAAGGAUACCAAAAAAUGUGUCAGCGACUUAUUUUUCGUUUGAGAAAGGCAUAUACAAUAGUCUCUAGUUGAUUCGACAGAAGGCAUAUUCAGUGUGGAGUAUGUGUAAAUACAGUCACUGAUAUUUGUACGAGAGUAAGGUUUUUAUUUUACAGACUUUACAUUUCGUUUGUUGCAAUUCUUGCGGAUGUUUGCUACGUUGGAGACAGAAAACCAAAAAAAAUGUUACGAGAAAUCGAAAACAGUAGACCAAAGGCGUGUGUGAGAAAGAAAACAUCGUGUGUGUGUAUUUGGGGAUUCACUCUCUGUACACGGAAAACGAUGAUGUAGCGAUUGUCGCUGGACCACGUCGAAACUCAGGAAAGGAAAAAAAAUGAUUCGAAUAAAUCCCCAAAACAGAUCGUUUAUUGAUCAAAAAUAAGGGAUGAUAAUAAUUAAGAAUUUGAUUCUUUCACUUUGAAAUAUACCAAACCAUACUUGUAAGUAACUCUAAAACUGUUCGGUGCACGCUCUGAUACAAAGUGUAGAGUGACGUUUAGAGCGUGCACACGCAGUGUGCAGUUUACAGUAACAGUGUGUCUGCAGUCUGUGUCGUGUAAUAGGCAGAUGGUUUUUAAAGUACGCAUUAUAAAUUAUGCAUACACCUACACACCACAUGCUCGGUCUCGCACUUUCUCUCUCGCUCUCGCGUUCUCGCAUUGUAAUCAUCACUUUCUCACGUUCUCUUUCGCUCUAUCUAUCUCUCUCUCUCUCUCUCCCUUUCUCUCUUUUUGUUGUCUGUUUUCGUUUGCACUUUUUUCAAUUUUUUUUCCGUUUUUAUUUUUUAGAAGACCCUAUCUAACCCCCACAUUAUCUCACACAAAGACUAGCGUUUUUAAACGAUCCAAAAUAAACUAAGGGCACUUUUAGUGGCGUAUGCCCUGUUCUUAUUUCGAGUUUCAUGAAAAAUCUAAUUCUGACCGUUGUUAAACUUUGUUUUUAUUACAGCACCUAUCGACUUCUAAGAGUCCCUAUCUUAACUAGCUAUGACACACUUGCCUUAAUCUAGAAUUUCAUUACGUGCUAUGCCUCGCCAUCUUAAAGUAUCCGAACCUAGUUUUUUUUUUCUUUUCAUUCUUCAUUUUUCUUAAAUCGAUCCUCGUAUGGAUGCGAACUGUGUAACCGCCGCGAUGCCCUCGGCAUCGUUUCAUUUCUUUCUCUCGUUUGCUCUCGAGAACCCCUUUUGUUUUCGUGUUCUCAUUGGUCGCACACCGCAUAACAAUAUCAUGGAGAGUAGAAACAGAAAUAUUAAGCAGACGGUAUGGUAUUGUUUUGGAGAAUUACAUGUUUUCGUCUCGCCUUGCGACGCGAAAAGUAUUCGAACGCGACAAAGACAGUAAACACAGGAUCAAGAAACGAAGAGGGAUUAAGGGGGGAUCAGAUCGUAGAAGGAAGAGAGAGGGGUGGGUGAUAGUGUAGAAGUUAGAAAAAGAAGGGGCAAUGGAAAAACGUUUCUCGUUACAGCUAAAACUAUCGCUUAACAAUGUAAAACAAUGACUUAAAAACACGAUGAACCUAAGAGACUGUACAAGUCGAAGUACGAUGAUGCGUCGCGACACCAUCGAGUCAACUCGGACUCGCUUCGCUUAAGCCGAUACUCGACUAAUGUUUAUUUUUUUUACUUAAAAAACACCCUACGUUUUUUUCUUUUUAUUCUCAUCUUUCUACAUUCAGCCUACAACUACGUGUGAUUCUAAUCUAAAAGAGGCUACGCUAGAAUUCUAGAGAAAGCUUACGGAAAGCAGCAUUGCUUGGAAAACGAUGUUCCAAAUGGUUUUUCGUAAACCACACCCGGCCAGCCCAAGCACCCGACCCGCGGUGCGCAGCAAGCAGUCCUUACUAUUAUAUUACAGUAGAUAAUAUGUUGUAGAAUAAUAUAUAUUUAUUAAUAUGAAUAGCCAGUCAGUCUUGACGGGUGCGAGGUGCAUAGGCUGAACGGUGCCUCGCCUAAUGUGUUCAACAUGGAGAGGCAGUUGUAUCCUAACUAUCAGCUAACUAUCUACCUAAACUUAAUCACUUAAUCGAUUACUUCCUAUCCAAAAUGGUGCCUAGCCUAUUCAUAGUCAACACUAACUACACAACGUCUCGCUGUGUUUUUCUCUUCACGUUCUAUACAAUAGUUGCGCGCUCGUUCGUCUCACUUUCACUCGUUUUCCCCCUUUACCCCCUCUCAGCCUUUCCUCACGCUUUCUUUUUUAAAUCCCUUUCACUCUCGCUUUCAUUCGCCCGCUAUCUUUCUUCGUUCCUUUCGCACGUUAUCCCUUGCACUCUGAUUUUUCCUGUUUCUCUCUCUCUCUCUCUUUCUUUUUUAAACUCCUCCCUGCCCCGCUCUCCAGUGCGGCUCCGUAUCUGCGGGAGCUGGCGUUU